AUGGGGCGCAUGCACUCGAAGGGCAAGGGCAUGUCGUCCUCGGCAAUGCCGUACCGUAGGACUCCGCCGUCGUGGCUGAAGACCUCGGCCGAGGACGUCAUUGACACCAUCUGCAAGUUCGCGAAGAAGGGCAUGACGCCGUCGCAGAUCGGUGUGGCCCUGCGUGACUCCCACGGCAUCCCGCUGGUGUCCAACGUGACGGGCAACAAGGUGCUCCGCAUCCUCAAGUCGCGCGGCAUGGCCCCCGAGCUCCCGGAGGACCUGUACUUCAUGAUCAAGAAGGCGGUCUCGAUGCGCAAGCACCUCGAGCGCAACAGGCGCGACAAGGACACGAAGUUCCGCCUCAUUCUCGUCGAGAGCCGCAUCCACCGCCUCGCCCGGUACUACAAGCGCACCAAGAAGCUCCCGCCCACCUGGCGGUACCAGUCGAGCACGGCCAGCACGCUCGUGGCGUAA